AUGUACAUGUCGGUCAUUUUCUACGAGAGGGUUCACGAGGGGCUCUGCAACUCGAUCGGCUGCCCGGACGGGUUCACCCCCAUCCCCUACGCCUGGGAGGUUGAGUGCGGCGACUCGUGCGAUGUCGCUACGUGCUGCGAAGCCUUCUGCAGCUACCACGCGUGCCCGGACAACUUCAUCCCCAUCGAGGACGCCGGCACGACCCGUUGCAACAACGACAACUGCACCACCGAGCAGUGCUGCGUUUCUGGUAACACCGGAGGGGGGCAGGGGCCGCCCCCGCCGCCCCCGGGAGGAAACGGGCAGGGACCGCCUCCCCCGCCCCCGGGAGGCGUGCUGUACUGCAACUCGAUCGGCUGCCCGGGCGGAUACACCCCCAUCCCGAACGCAUGGGAGGUGGAGUGCUCUGGCGACUCGUGCGAGGUCUCCCAGUGCUGCGAGGCCUACUGCAGCUACUACGCGUGCCCCGACAGCUACAUCCCCAUCGAGGACGCCGGCACGACCCGUUGCAACAACGACGACUGCACCAGCGAACAGUGCUGCGUUUCUGGCAACACCGGAGAGGGGCAGCCCCCGGCAGGCGUGGUGUACUGCAACUCGAUCGGCUGCCCGGGCGGAUACACCCCCAUCCCCAACGCCUGGGAGGUGGAGUGCUCCGGCGACUGCGAUGUCGGCCAGUGCUGCGAAGCCUACUGCAGCUACCACGCGUGCCCGGACAACUACAUCCCCAUCGAGGACGCCGGCACGACCCGUUGCAACAACGACGACUGCACCACCGAGCAGUGCUGCGAGGCCCACUAACGGGCAGCAGUCGGCAGCCUGGUUCACGUCAUGGUCGUACAGGCACCGUAACGGCCACGUCGUGCACUACUCGAAGGUCAACACUACUUGUAAUCCGGUGAUCUUGUAGUAGCUUGUAGAAGACGUUUGGCGUGGAUUUGUCCGUGUUUGUUGCUCUGUUCUCUGGACGUGUUGUGAAACCUCGGUGCGAUUGUGAUUGGUCUUGGUGGAUACAAUAUAGUAUAGAAAAGUUUCUUUCUGUUGAUCUUGUGGGAGACAGAACCAUUAGUAAUAGGCUAGUGACGGUGAGCUUCAGCAGGGAUCAAGACACCCAUGUCUGCCUCUUGUUGGCCUAGAUUUUUGGUGUUGUUGGACACCGAAAAAACUUGCACGCAUGCUUGCUUUUUAUCCCUAACUUCCUUGGAAAAGCGAUUCGACAUGUUGGAACUUUCGGUUGAUAUGAAUUUCUCUGGAUCGAGGCGUUUUUUGUUUUUGUGUGACCCGGCAUGAUGUGUGCGGAAAAGAUGCUGCAAGGUGAAAAUUAAUACAAACGUCCAGAACAACGGGAACAGCGCACGUAAAACCU